GAAGAAGAAAAAUAAUAGUAGAAGAAGAAGAAUCUCUUCUCUGUUGUCACCGGAAGAUUUAUAAUUCGAGCCUCUUACAAUUGUUGGAAGUUAGCCACAUUUAACACAGGUUCAGAAUGUCCGAACGAAAAGUUUUGAACAAAUACUAUCCCCCGGAUUUCGACCCCUCGAAAAUCCCCAAGCUAAAGCUACCUAAAGACCGUCAGUAUGUUGUGCGAUUGAUGGCCCCAUUCAACAUGAGGUGCAAGACCUGCGGUGAGUACAUAUACAAGGGGAAAAAGUUCAACGCUCGGAAAGAAACAGUACAAAAUGAGCACUACAUGGGACUGCCCAUUUUCCGAUUUUACAUCAAAUGCACAAGAUGCCUGGCUGAGAUCACUUUCAAGACGGACCCAGAGAACACGGACUAUGCAAUGGAGCAUGGUGCCACACGAAACUUUCAAGCAGAGAAGCUGAUUGAGGAGGAAGAGAAGAAGAUACAGAGGGAGCGGGAGGAAGAGGAGCUGAACAAUCCCAUGAAGGUCCUGGAGAACCGAACGCGGGACUCAAAAAUGGAGAUGGAGGUUCUGGAGAACCUGCAGGAACUGAAGGAGCUGAACCAGCGGCAGGCGCAGGUGGACUUUGAGGGCAUGCUGGGUCAGUACCGCGACUUGGAGCAACAGCAGCGGCAGAGAGAGGUGGAGGAGGAUGAGCGCGAGACCAAGGAGAUGCUGGAGAGAGCCCUGGUGAAAAGACUGAGGGACUCUGACUCCGACUCCGACCAGGACGAGGAGAAAGAGAAGUCAGCAGUGAAGAAGCUCGCUGCAGAGCGGCCCACUGACAUCCUCACAACUGCAAAGAGCACAGACAUCCAGGGGAGCACAGCGCCGGUGAAGCGGGUGCAGCCAGAGACCUGGGAGCGAAGUGUUGGAGGCUUGGGGGCCAAAGCUGUGCUGGGCUCCCUGGUGGUCAGGAAGAAGCCCGCUGCCUCAAAGUCCAGCAGCAGCAGCAGCAGCACACCGUUUGGGCCCAGCAUUCCGCAGACAGAGACGAAGACUGCAGCCCCUUCCAGCAGCAACACACAACCAGCAGCCCUGCAGAGCGGCUCCCCAGCGAUCCAGUCAGCGGCUCCUCAGAACGGUUCCUCUCUCAGCCUCCUGGGGGCGUACUCAGACAGUGAUGACAGUGAUUGAGAAGGCCAUGUCUUGUGUACUGAUAUUUUCAAAUGAAAAAACCUUACAGCAGUUAUGCAAAAGAUAAGCUUAAAGAAAAUCAAAGAGGUGUCAAGGCUGAAAUGUAAAAAAAAGGCUCUCGAGAUUCAACACUUUUUACUCUUGUGUGGAACAGGUCUUUAAAAAGAACCUGUCAUAUCCCAGUUUCAUCUACUGCUCUGUGACCUGCUGGUUGAGUCCCCCAGGAGCUGUUAGCUCUGAAGGAACCAGCACUAAAACUCAGGAUUGCACAUGUGUGUCUGAGUCCUCAGUCCUCAGUUUUCUAUCUGUGACGAUGUCUAAAUAAAGUUAUCAUUGAUACAGA